AGAAGUAGUAACGAGGAGGACUGUGCACUGUGAGACAGACAACAGUUUAUUUUCCCACCUGCACUGACUGCAGAGAUACAAGAUGAGUGGAGACAACAUGGACACGCACACACUCUGCCUCUUUGAUGUUGACGGAACUCUUACCGCCGCGAGACAGUGAAUGAAGGAGGACAUGAGGAGAGACCAGUGUGGCAGCUGACAGAGACCCAACAAAUUAAGAAGACAGUUAGAAACAUUACACCCCAGUCACAUGCAUGUGUUCUUUUUGGUUGAGCUUUAUCAUCGUUGUAACAAACUUGUGACCCCUGACAUGAAGAAGUUCCUUGACAACCUAAAGACUCGGGUUCGAGUUGGAGUUGUAGGAGGGUCAGACCUCAGCAAGAUCAAGGAGCAGCUUGGAGAUGAUGUGAUCCAGAGAAUGGACUACGUGUUUGCUGAGAAUGGUCUUGUGGCCUAUGGAAAUGGACAGUUAAUUUCUAUCCAGUCCAUCCAGGCCCACAUGGGAGAAGAGCUACUGCAAGAUUUUAUCAACUUCUGUCUCAAUUACAUGGCCAAGAUCAAACUGCCUAAGAAGAGGGGGACAUUUAUUGAAUUUCGUAACGGCAUGUUGAACGUUUCCCCGAUUGGACGCAGCUGUACGCAGGAAGAGAGGAAAGAAUUCUAUGAGCUUGAUCAGACAGAGAAAAUCAGAGAGAAGUUUGUGUCCGUAUUAAAAGAGGAGUUCAAAGGAAAAGGGCUCUCGUUUUCAAUUGGUGGGCAGAUCAGCUUUGAUGUGUUUCCUGAUGGUUGGGAUAAGAGGUACUGUCUCGGGAUUGUUGAGAAAGACAACUACUCAACCAUUCACUUCUUUGGAGACAAGACCAAACCUAAAUGUCAUCAGGGCACCCACUCGCUCACGCUGAAUCAUGCGAAGGAUUUCCUGCUGCGUUUUCACAGCAGCUGCACCGGACUUUCUGUGUACUUAAUACUAGGAAAGUCCGGAGGCUCGCACUUGACAUUUGUGUUCACACAUACAACCUCUCCAGAGAAUGUCUGUAUGAUAUUCAGGGAGGAAAUGACUACGAGAUCUACGCUGACCCUCGGACCAUUGGCCAUGAAGUCUCGUGUCCAGAGGAAACUCGACAGCUUUGUCAGAAGCUUUUCUUUACAUGAGAGAGAAGUGAUAGGACAGAUUUUAGGAUAUUUUUUAGGUUGAAUAGAAAUAUUUUUAGUUUAAUAGUCGAUUGUAGCUUGGAUUUGUCAUCCUGUGUACUGCUUGCUAAUAUUAUGAUUCUGAAUCUGAUUUUAUCCAAAACCCUUACCCUGACGAAAGAUGUCGUUGUAUUGUGUGCUGUGAUCAGGGAAUGCUCUGAGUAAAGACCAGCUGGUCACAUGUCUCUAUUUAGUCCAUCAAAUGUUUUUGCUGAAGCACAGAUGUCCUUUUCCUUUUUUUUACUAGUUUUCAUUGGUUUCACUCUUUUUUUUUUCCAGCCAUGUUUAUUGUCACUCCAUCUGGACAAAAUAGAUCUGUAAUACACAUUUCCUGUGUACUAGCUGAUUUCUCCUCUACAUGUUAUAGAACAGCACAGAUAAAAAUAAGCUUUUUUGGAUUGUGUUGACAGAACAGUAAACAUUUUCUUUAUUCUUAUGGAAAUGACACCAGUUAGGGGUUGACUGACUGAGACUUAAACUACACUUUAGAGAAGAAGAAAAAAGGAAUAAAAGCAUCACAGUGAUGUUGCAUCAGAGUAGACAGCAGUGGAUGAAUCCAACAACAGGAUCAAAACUCCCUGAGGUAAUUUUGCAAGACCUAUUAAAAAGAUAUUAUGUAUAAUGUUCUGUAAUUUAUAGAUAAUAUAUUAUGGUACCUUACUUUCUGCAAAUGUAUCUGAAAAGUAAUAAUGUUUGCAUCAUAUGUUGUGAUGUUUCCACCUGAUAAAAAACUUGAUGCUGUAAAAGAUGUGAACUUUAUGAAAAUGAAAUAAAGGAGUCAGGAUGUAAA